GAGUUAAGUCAAGAGUGCAUUGGACUUGGAUUGAGCUCACCAGAGGCUGGAGUCUAUCAGUGAACAUCAGAGACUAAACCAUACCAGAAACCAGCUGACAUCCUGGACCUCCGCGCUCACAACAUGAUCCUCCCCUUUCUCAUCUUUUUUAUUCCAGCGGUGAGACUCCAGGAUCCCCAGAGGACCCAGGACCAGUGCGAUGGAAUUUCCUGUAACCCCCAGCUGGGUGAUCUGAUGAUCGGACGAGCAGCACAGCUGUCAACGUCAUCUACGUGUGGUCUGCGUGGACCCCAGCAGUACUGCAUCCUCGGAUUCCUGGAGGAGGAAAAGAAAUGUUUCAUCUGUGACUCUCAACAACCAUACGAUCGCUAUGACAACCUCAACAGCCACCGCAUUGAAAACAUCAUCUCAACUUUUGACCCUGAAAGAAAAACAAGGUGGUGGCAAUCUGAAAAUGGAGUUCAUCGAGUCAGCAUCCAGUUAGAUCUGGAAGCUGUGUUCCAAUUCAGUCACCUCGUCCUCACCUUCAAGAGUUUUCGACCAGCAGCCAUGUUAGUGGAGCGAUCAAAGGAUUUUGGAAGAAGUUGGAAGGUUUUUCGUUAUUUUGCAGAAGAUUGUGCGCUUCAUUUUCCUUCAGUUCCACGUGAGUCGGCUGACAAGAUUGAUGACGUGGUCUGUGAUAGCAGAUACUCUGGAUCCCAACCGUCCACUGGUGGAGAGGUGGUCCUGAAAGCUCUGGAUCCUGUUUUUGAAAUAGAAAACCCAUACGCACGAAACAUUCAAGAUCUGAUCACCGUGACAAAUAUCCGGGUGAACUUCACCCGUCUCUUCACACUCGGUGAUACUCUUCUGUCUCGGAGACGCCGGAACCCUCAGGAUAAGUAUUACUACUCGCUUUACAACAUGGUGGUUCAAGGAAGCUGCUUCUGCAACGGACACGCCAGCCAGUGUGUGUCUUCGGAUGGAGGAAGAGGGGACGUCUUCACCCAGCAGGUUCAUGGCCGAUGUGUUUGUCAGCAUAACACGGCUGGAGCAAACUGUGAAAGAUGUGCAGACUUUUAUCAGGACUCCCCCUGGUGGCCCGGAGGACAAAACACAGCCAACAUCUGCAGGAGGUGUAACUGUAACGGCCACUCAGACUCGUGCCACUUUGAUGCAGCCCGGUAUGCAGCCACGGGCGGUGUGAGUGGCGGUGUGUGUGACGACUGUCAGCAUGACAGGAUGGGGCCUCAGUGUGAACGCUGCCGCCAGGGUCUGUACCGGGAUCCACGGAGAGCUCCGGACGACCCCGAGGCCUGCAAACCCUGUGACUGUGACCCGGCUGGUUCUCAUGGCGGUGGCCAGUGUGACGCACUGAGUGGAGCUUGUUUCUGCAAGGAAAACGUGGAGGGUGAACGCUGUGAUCGCUGCAAGCCCCGCUUCUUUGGUUUGAGCGAGGACGACCCGGCUGGUUGUCAAGAGUGCAAGUGUCAUCAGCCGGGAAGUAUCGGGUCAUGUGAUCAAAUAACAGGAGAAUGUGAAUGUGCGCCCUUCGCUAGUAAACCACUGUGUGAUCGGUGUUUGCCAGGUUACUGGGGUUUAGGAACCAUCAACAGAUGUUUACCAUGUGACUGUGACAUCGGUGGAGCUCAUGACAAUCGGUGUUCACCAGAGGAAGGACAGUGUCACUGUUUACCCAACAUGGUUGGCCGGCGCUGCUCUGAACCGGCCUCCGGAUACUUCCUGCCUUCACUGGACUACUUCCUGUAUGAAGCUGAGCGUGCUGCCCCGCUGUUUGGAAAAAGACGCCCCCGUUCUCCACCUGCUGCUUCUCUGGUGAAUCCACUAGUUUCACCUCCUUGUGAGCAAAACUUCACACGCCAGGGCCCUGACUUCAACGUCUCCGACGGACAAGUCAUUUUACAAAGGACUCGUCGACAAAGCCGCCGCAGGAAACCGGAGCAGCCGAAAACCAUUCCUCUGGACCCGGGUCACGCUCUGCAGAUUAUUCCCAGAAAGAGAUGGCCUGGUCAGCCGGUGACGUGGACAGGCCUGGGAUUGGUCAGAGUGUUUGCAGGGGCAGGGCUUUUAUUUACUGUGGACAACCUCCCCGUAUCAAAGGACUACCAGCUCAUCAUCCACUACGAACCAGAGUUUCCUUCUGAUUGGUUGGCAACAAUAAACAUAAAAAUGCUGUCACCGGGUGAUGGAGGCUGCCCCACUAAUCCAACAGAGAGUAAAAAUCUGGUUCUUCCUGGAAAUACCAGAGCAAGUAUUCUGGACUCUCCCGUGUGUCUGAAUGCAGGAGGAAGAUAUUCUGCGGAGAUCCGCUUCCACAAACAGCUCACGUCCAACAGCUCAUACAUCCUGGUUGACUCUAUGGGCCUAAUUCCUAGCAUUGAGUCAGCUCAAGAUUUCUGCUCCAAGAGUGACCUUGACUCUUCCCGUGACUUUCACUGUACUGGUUUGGCUUUAGAGUCUGGAUCUCAGGAGUCUCUACCAGAAGUCUGUGAGGGAAUUAUUAACGGUCUGUCAGCAAGAAUCCACAAUGGAGCCGUCGCCUGCAGGUGCAACGCCAUUGGCUCCCUUGGAAAGGCCUGCAGUAAGCUGGGCGGGAUCUGUGACUGUAAACCCAAUGUAAUUGGCCGUUGCUGUGAUACCUGUGCACCACUAACGUUUGGAUUUGGACCUGAAGGAUGUAAACGAUGUAGGUGUGAACCUGAAGGCUCUGUAUCGAAAUCGUGUGAUCAGAUCAGUGGUCAGUGUGCGUGUCGCUCAGAGGUAUCCGGCCGUCGCUGUGAUCGCUGUAAGACGGGGUUCUGGGGAUUCCCCGCCUGUCGACCCUGUGAAUGCAACGGACUGUCGGAGACGUGUGAUGGAGAGACGGGAGUGUGUCUGGACUGCAGGAAGCACUCGACUGGGCCACACUGCGACAGGUGUGUGGAUGGUUACCAUGGUAACCCAGUCUCCAGACAACCCUGUCAGCCCUGCCUCUGUCCGGAUCUUCGGACCAGUGAGCGAUUCUUUGCCACUUCUUGUGACCAUCAGUCCUUGAGUCUGACCUGUAAAUGCCUGGAGGGCCACACAGGGACACGCUGUGAAAGAUGCAGCCCUGGUUUCUAUGGGGAUCUGACGUUGCCACGCGCCCGCUGUAAGCCAUGUCCAUGCAACGACAACACUGACCCAGACGAUCAUGAUGCAUGUGACGGCACAACUGGAGAAUGUUUGCGCUGCCUUCACAACACAGCAGGACCCCACUGUGAAAACUGCAAACCUGGUUACUAUGGCAAUGCCUUGCGACAGACCUGCAAAGAAUGCUCUUGUGACAGGCGAGGAACCCAGGUGACCCAAUGUCCUCUAGAUAGUCCCUGCUUUUGCAAUCCAAGAACGGGCCAGUGUCCGUGCCGGAGGGGAGUGGUGGGAGACCUGUGUGACGAGUGUGAGGACGGAUACUGGAACCUGGACGGGGCAUCGGGAUGCCAACCCUGCAAAUGUGAUCCUACCAACUCCCUCUCUAACGUCUGUAACAAGGUGACCGGACAGUGUCCAUGUCGUGCUGAGUUUGGAGGAAAACAGUGCGAUGAAUGUGGAAAAAAUCAUUUUGGGAAUCCAGACCUGCAGUGUAUCUCUUGUGGCUGUAACCUGGAAGGAACAGCGGAUCCAUCGUGUGACUCUGAAACGGGCGAGUGUUUCUGCCGGACUGGAGUCACGGGUAGUCUCUGUGAUGAGUGUGCCCCCGGCUAUGAGUCAACAUUUCCAGAAUGUAAAGAAUGCCAUCCGUGCAUCAGCCUUUGGAUCAAAAACAUCACUGAUGUCCAACGAGCUGCAGAGAAGAUGGAAACAUUAAUUGUUGACCGUGGCGAUAGCCUGGAGCCCAAAGACAGCCGCCACGAGCAGCAGGUUGAGGAGAUGCAGUCGAAGCUGAAUAGCCUUGCCGGCCUCACAGGUCUCUCACUACCAAAGGUGGAGAAGAUGGAAAAAUUGUUCCUGAAGAUGAUUAAAUUGAAAGAUGCCAUUGAUACUAAUAAGAUCCUGAUCAAUCCAUCUUUACUCGUCAACACUGAAAUUGACAACAUUCAGUUGGAGUUUAAGAAGCUGCUGAACAACUUAAGAGCCAAACUCACAGACUCAAACGAUAAAGAAAAAGAGAAAACUGAAGAGUUGCUGGAAAAAAUAGGAGAGCUCAACAAAUCCUUCAUGGCAGAUGAGAAAAGGGUAAAAAACUCCAAAAAAGCUGUAGAAGACUCCAUGGAUACCAGACAGGAGGCCAAGGCCAAACUUAGCACAUGCAGUAGCAAAGGAGGCUCGGCACCACUUGAAAAGAAGAUCAACGAGCUCAGUGCAGGCAAACUCAACAAGACGGUUUGUGGAGAGGACUGUUCAAGAUGUGGUGGGACACAAGGUCCUAAGUGUGAUGGAGUUGUCUCUGUCAGUCAGAACGCUUCACAAACAGCAGAGGAAUCAACGAAGCAACUCAAGGAACUCCCCUCAAGACUGGAGGAGUCCAUGAAGAAGAUCGAAGAUGCCAAACAGCUGGCUCAGGACACCAGAGAUAAAGCCAGGGAUGUGCAGGAGCGGAUCAGCAACAACACUGAAUCCUAUGAGAGGGAGAAAAACAAGACCAAGGAGCUCAUCCAACGAGUCAAACUCUACCUUGCUGAUGAAAGUGUUCCUCCAGAGGACAUUGAGAGAAUUGUCAACGCUGUCCUGAGGAUCCAGUUACCACGCUCAACUGAUGAGAUCCGCUCAAUGCUCAAUGACAUCAAUAAUCUGCUGAGCAAUUCUACUCCAUUCAAGAAUAAUCAGAAUGACCUGGUGGAUGAAGCCAAAACUGUCCAGAAGCUCCUGCAGGAAGCUCAAGAUCUAAAGGCACGGACUAAAGACCUUAACGUUGAAGACAUCAACAGAAACUUGAUUGAUGCAGAUGAAGCUCAGAACAAAGCCAACGACCACUUAGAGACAGCCUUCAACGACAAAACCAUGGCCCAAAGACUAAUCCAAGAGGUUGAGGCCAAAGUGGACAACAUUGAGGCGCAGCUGAGGAAUCAGUCUAAAGAUCUGAUGAAAAACAUUGAUGCUGUAAAAAAGAAAACUCAGGACAACAGAGAGAUGGCCAGAGAGGCCAGACAGAGUGCAGAUUCUGCUUUAAGGGACACUGCAGACACACAGGCGGAGCUCGUUGAUGUAGUGAAGCAGUUUGAGGAUUUAAAUCAAAAAUACUUGAAUCAGACCUUGGAUCAGGGUGACGCUGCAGAACGUAUAAAGAAGAUCUUAAAGGAGGCAGAAGACAUAAAGAGACAAGUGGAAGACAAACUCAGACAGCUACAAGAUGUUGAGACGAAGAUAAAACAGCUGCUUGAGAGGAAGAAACAAAAGACAACUGAAGUGUCCGAGUUGAUGGAGACAGUGGAUUCACUCCGAAAGGACAUUGCCGCUCGAGCUGAAACAUACGCCACUUGUACCUCAUAAAUACUGCAGAGUGCUGCCUGAUGUAGCAGCACUCUUCAUGAAUAUAGCUUCAGUCUUUAUAUAUGACUGUAACACAAAUUUGAAUUGUCUGUCAUUUUUUAAAAGAAAAAAAAAGGAUAGCUUAACUUAACAUAUUAGAACUCCAAGUUCAUUCAUAUACACACUGUGAUGGAAAAUGUAGCCAUGGCCACGUGAUUAAACAAAAACUGAUGUGAGGAGCAGAUUCAACCUCGGCCCUAGUAGAGUGUGCACUUUGGCCCUAAGGGCCGGGACACACCAACCCACCACUGACCAUCGGCAUAAAAGCAGUCGGACUGAAAGGCUCCCGUCUGCCCGAGUCAGUCAAAAAAAUACAGCCGAACACACCGACGCGACCACAACUGGAGCGUCCGUUCUGCGCGUGCAUGACGCGUAAUGCAUCCCCAUAACUGCAGAUGACGCUAAUCUGUCAUGUUGCCCAAAAAGCUGUCAUCAGUCAGUGUUUUCACGUCUGAUAGAAGUCAAGAAGGAUUGAAAAUACAAUGGCUAAUUAAAGCUGCAAGCAGCGAUGAACGGGCCCUCGUGCGUGCAAUUUUCACCCAUAAAGAUCAAGAACUCAAAACUAAGUCUGAUGACACCACCCAUGAUUCUUUAUGUCAAACCAUUCAAAAAAUAUGGCAGAAAGUAGGAACUAUCAAAUAUCGACCAAUUAGAAGAAGGGGCAGGGGCUAAUUUGCGCCAAUUAAGGUGAAGGAGUCAAAACCGAGUCCGAUGACACCACCCAUGACUCUCUAUAUCAAACCAUUCAAAGGUUAUGGCAGAAAGUAGGAACUAUCAGAUAUGGACCAAUCAGAUGAAGGGGGGGUUUGCUUUUUGGCGUUUAGCGUCGCCACGGUAACGCUUUUGACUGAGAAAAGUAAUGCACAUCGUUGCAGGAUGGAGACGCACAUUUUGAUGUAUAACACACCUGGGUGCACGUUACGGUUCGGGCUUUUAACGGCCGAAGAAGUGGCAUAAAUUGACUUCCUGUUCGGUUUCGGCCAUGGCGUCAAGAGACUUUUCUUUAAGUUGCCCCAUGAUACAGAUGUGUACCGAUUUUCGUGCAUGUACGUCAAACCGCAUUGUGGGGCUUGAGGCACAAAGUUUUCUAGGGGGCGCUGUUGAGCCAUUAGGCCACGCCCAUUAAUGCAAACCAUUAAAUAUCAAAUUUUUCACCAGGCCUGGCUUGCGUGUAAAAUUUGGUGACACUUUGGGGCACGUUUAGGGGGGCAGAAAGGCCCUCAUUUCGUUGGAAAAAUAAAAAUAAAAAUGAAAAGGAGAAAACAGAUGCCAUGAUCAAGUGUAAUGUAGCAUCUGUCCGACAGCGUUCAAUUAUCAGGUUGGUGUGUCCCGGCCCUAAAAGAUUAGCAUUGACAUGAUGAUUUUUCUACCAGAAUAGUAGGGAUGAAUCAUUUAUGCUUUAAAAUCAUCAAAAUGAUGCUUCCUUUGUUCACUGUCAUUCCUGCAUUGAGACGCCUGAUGUAUGUUCUGACCCAUUUGUAACUGUAACUGUAACUGCAACUGUAACUGUAACUGUUUAAUUAA